AUACGGGCUAUUCCUUGUCAGACUGCAGUGGGGAGGCACCCCUGUCCCGGCGCAGGAUAAACAGGAUCAGCUGUGACACCCCACACAUAAACAGACAGGACGCUCAGUGGGAAAUAAUGAUGCUGAUGCACUCAGGCCUGGAUGAAAUGGUCAAGCACAAGAUGCUGCAGGCGAAGGCGCUAUCUCAAGAAGCCAAAGGAGGGCGUCUAAAUCUGGGCAAGAAGAUCAGCGUCCCGCGAGAUGUGAUGAUCGAGGAGCUCAACCUUCCGUCCAAUCGAGGCUCUCGUAUGUUUCAGGAGAGGCAGAAGAGAGCUGAGAGGUUCACGCUGGAGAACGCCUCCUUUGGUGCUCAAAACAACAUAAGUGCCCAUCCAAUGGCUGUUCCUCCCCCGCAAAUCAGCGAAGCGCCUCGGGGAGGCAAAGAGAACCAAGCUAUCUCUAUCCCUGGUAAGCAUAGCCUGGUCAUGAACCUUCAGAAGACCGUAGCAAAGAAGGGCAGUCCUGGUGUCCUAGCCCCAGGAUAUUCCGGUCCACUGAGGGAGAUUGCUCCUGAGAAGUUCAACACAACAGUGAUUCCCAGAUCCUACUGUUCCCCAUGGAGGGAAGCUUUAGGCCAGAAUGAUGAGCUCCGGGAAGCCAUCAGCGCCCAACUGGCUCCCCUACCGCAAAGAUACCAGCCUGCCAAGUACAGGUGCUUCAACAGGUCUGCCGUGCCGUUUGGAGGUGGAGCGGCUAGCAAGAGAGUGAUCCCCGUUAUCAGCUUCGAGGCCCUCGAACCCAAGACCCUACCUGGUGCCGCCCUGGACCGCAUGUGUCAACGGCCUAAUUUCAACAGAGCGCCCACAGGAUGGGGAGGUCACGAUUCCCCUGAAUCUAAUGACCUAUGAAAAAGAACUCAUUAGCUUGAGAUUGUCAUGCUGCCUUAACAACUAUAAAAAAAACACUUAAUACAUGAUGUUAUCUGCUAUUCUGAGCAUCUGAGGCAAAUGCGGGAUAAUGAAAUUAAGAGUUAUUUUCCACAGUGGAGUGCAGGACGACACAGGAUGAUUAGAUCAGCUCUAAUUUUUUCUGUUCCAUUUAGUAUAUUUAUAUACACAGAGGCCUUUUAAACGUCUUUUUAAUUGGAGAAGGAAAUAUUCAAAUAAAACCUCUUCAUAAACUACCUUAAGCUGUUGUUGAAUAUGAAGUUUAUUUAAAAAAAAAAAAAAGUGAGAAGCCUUGGCAGGCUGCACUGAUUCAGUCCAUGUGCAGCACGGAGGUGAGAAAAUAAAUCUUGAUGGUAUCCUGCAUGUUUUAGUUCCCUAAAUUCCACCCGGGUGACAGCAUGUUUCAGGGCACUCAGGCGGCAUGAAAACAGGUGUGACCGGAGAAGGGGGGCAGGGGGG